AUGUAUUUUCCCGGUUCCCUUGCGUUUACAGCUCUCUGGCUCUGUCAGAGCAGUAUAGCUGCAACUAGAGAUGCAGUGGCUAAUCUCAGCUCCAUUCUCAACAGGCAGGACUGGUCGCCUCACACAGAGAUAUCGAUUCCUGGGGAAAGCGAGUUCACAAAUGCCACGACUAGAUGGACAGAGUACCGGGCCCCAACAUACUCGGCCGCUUUGUCCGUUGGGUCUGAGGAGGACCUAGCCACAGCUGUCGAACUGGCCACAGCCCACAACAUCCCGUUUCUAGCAACUGGCGGUCGUCACGGCUAUAGUGGCACAUUGGGAGAUCUCCAUGAUGGCCUGGCAAUUGACCUGAGUUCGCUGAACUCUAUAUCAAUUAAUGCCUCUGCUGGCACGCUCACUGUCGGGCCGGGGGUUCGUGUAAGCGAGAUCUACGACCCUGUUUUUGAAGCAGGAUAUCAGAUACGCAAGUCUCCAGCUACAUACACUUGA